AAUCAUAAACAAAUUAAUUAAAUAAGCACACAAAAUGGGUAAAAAACGUAAAAUUAAAGACGAUUCUGAAGAAUUUGACCCAGUACCAAGACAUUUGGUAUCAUCCCAUGUAAAAAAUCAAGAAAAACGUUUAAUAAUUAUCUUGGAACAAGCUCAGUUAGAAAGCGCGAAGGUUGGAAAUUCGUUUGAGUUAUUAAAUUGUGAUGACCACGCGAAUAUUUUAAAGAAAAAUAACCGCGAUGUGGGUUCUUGUCGACCAGAUAUAACUCAUCAAUGUCUUUUAAUGUUACUUGAUAGUCCCUUAAAUCGUGCGGGAUUGCUUCAAGUUUAUGUUCAUACUACGAAUAAUGUUUUAAUAGAAAUUAAUCCACAAACGCGUAUUCCUCGAACGUUUAAACGUUUUGCAGGGCUUAUGGUACAACUUUUACAUAAAUUUUCUGUCCGAGCGAGUGAUUCCUCUAUGAAACUUUUAAAAGUUAUUAAAAAUCCGGUUUCUGAUCAUUUACCGGUUGGGGUGAAAAAAAUAGGAACCUCUUUUGGUGCUAAAAAUGUGGUUAAAAAUUGUCGUGAACUUGUCCCAGAAAAUGAACCAAUCGUUUUUGUUGUUGGGGCAAUGGCACAUGGACACUUAAAUUUGGAUUAUGUUGAAGAUAAUGUUUCGAUUAGUAAUUAUCCCUUAUCAGCAGCAUUAACAUGUACGAAAUUAUGUAGUGCUUUUGAAGAGGUUUGGGGAAUUGUUUAAUAUAAGAUUUUGAAUAUUAAAA